AUGGGCUGUGUUCUACAAAAGGGAGACCACAGCGAGGGUCUGUUCACCUUGUUUCCAGUGAGCCAGGAUGAAGCUCAUUGCUGUCUUUGCACUUUGGGUCAGUCUGCUCUGUCAGGCACACAGUAACUCCCUUGACUCAUGUCAGGGUCGCUGUGGCUUUGGAACUGACGGUGCUUUUUCCUGUCAGUGCAAUCCUUCCUGUGAGCGCUACAGAGACUGCUGUUCAGACUAUGCAGAUCUUUGUAAAGCGGGAUCCACUUCAUGUAAAGGUCGGUGUAAUGAGAAGUACAACUCUCAAAAUAAGUGCCAUUGCAACUCAAAGUGCACGCAGUACAACAACUGCUGCGGCGACUAUGCAGAUGUAUGCAGCGGUGGCGAAACCGGCGGUGGCUCCGUGAUCACCGAUGCUGAGAUCAAGUCUAUCUCUGAAGUACUUUACGUUCUGGACUCAAACCGAGCUUCACCCUUGCAGUUGGUGAUUGACCCCCAGGCUUUGAUCUCUGGAUCUCAAACUGGCUCCCAGGACGAUCUCUCCUCUCGCCCCUUUUUCCGUUUUUUGGAUGAGGAGGGUUUGUUCUCCAGGCCCAGUUAUGCGGCUCUCUUGGCUCUGUUGGACAACUACAACAGGAUGACCGGACAAGACGAGGACGUGAGUCCCCAGGAGACAGCUGAGCAGGACAACUUCCUCAGGGAGACCAUGUCCAAUACCGAGCUGGGCCGUGAACUUUUUGCCUUCUUAUACACGAAGGGUGUCUACAAGUCAGAGGAAGAGUUCAUAUAUGACCUGAAGAUGAUGUGGUUCGGACUGUACUCUCGCAACAACAGGAGGAUGGAUUCCAGUGGUUUUGAGCACAUUUUUGCAGGUGAGAUAAAGGGAGGAAAGGUGUCAGGCUUCCACAACUGGAUCCAAUUUUACCUUCUGGAGAAAAGAGGGCUCCUGAAUUACUACAGCCACAGCUUCAACGGGCCUUGGACGACCUUCCCGGACGUGCUGGGAAUGCAGUUCAAGUGGGACGGCUACUUCAAGCAAGUCGGCUCUGCAGUCAUCGGCUGCAGCCCCGAAUUUGACUUUGCCCUUUACAGUUUGUGUUACAUCACCAGGCCUGGAAAACAAUGUCGCUUGAGCCUGGGCGGGAAGGAGUUGAUCAUCCAAACGUACACAUGGGAAAACUCUUUCUAUGGCAAUGGCAAGAAAUAUAUCGGGUCUGCAUUUCCUGCAACACCCAGAAACUAAACAAGCUACACUUGUACAGAUCACACAUUGACUGACGAGUAAAAGCGAAGAAACAAUGUUUGGUGAAAAAAAAUGCAAUUCCAAAGUGAUGCGGUCCCCCUUGCAUUUACCACUAUAUGAACUAUAUUGACAAAAGUAUUAGGACACCUUUCUAUAAUUGACCAAUCCUCAACAUUUGUAAGUGGAGAAAUAAAAAGUAAAAU